CCUCCACCCUUUAAACAGUGAACAACCACUACUUCGUCAACAAAAGCAACAUGUUCAAAUACAUCACUUUCAUCGCUUUCUUCGCCAUCGCCACCGCCGCUCCUGGUUUCAUCGCACAACCCGUUGUGGCCAAAGUGGGUUCUGUAGUGCACAGCGUUCCAACUGCCGUCUCCCAUCAGAGCAUCACUCAAGUGCAUAACAAUGGCCAUAUUGUAACACCCGUUUUGAAGACUGUGACUCCAGUCGUACAUGCUGCUCCAGUGGUUCCAGUUGUUAAGGCUGUUGCGCCCAUUGUUCCCGUAGUAAAGACCUAUUCGGUUCCUGUGGUGAAAACGUACUCGGCUCCAGUAGUUCAUAAUGUUCCAGUUGUGAAGACUGUUGCUCCCGUUGUACCUGUUGUGAAGUCCUACUCCGCUCCAGUCGUUCAUCAUGUUCCAGUGGUGAAGUCUGUUGUUGCUCCCGUGGUGCCAGUCGUCCAUGCUGCACCUGUUGUAAAAUCAGUUUUUGCUGCCCCAGUUGCCCAUGUUGUUCAUCAUUAA